AUGAGCUCAGACGACACGGAGGAAGACGCGGCAACAACCAGCAUGGAAACCACACGCCGACAGGAAUCACGAGACGACGCAAGUAGCCGUGCAUGUGCAUGGGGCGAGGCAGGACCGCAGGGUGUUGUCGGCCUUACAUCGCAGCCAGCGUACGGCGAGAACACACUGCGACGGAACCACCAAGAAGCGUCACUGCGGCCGGCGGUGACGUCACUCCAAGGAGCGGCACAACAGCCGGUCUCAGCGGCAGACAGCGGCACCCCGGACACGAGCCGACAACAGCUGGUCUCAGCAGCCGACAGCGGCAUCCCGGACACGAACCGACAACAGCUGGUCUCAGCAGCCGAAAGCGGCAUCCCGGACACGAGCCGACAACAGCUGGUCUCAGCAGCCGACAGCGGCAUCCCGGACACGAGCCGACAACAACAGCCGGUCUCAGCAGCCGACAGCGGCAUCCCGGACACGAGCCGACAACAACAGCCGGUCUCAGCAGCCGACAGCGGCAUCCCGGACACGAGCCGAAAACAACAGCCGGUCUCAGGGGCCGACAGCGGCAUCCCGGACACGAGCCGACAACAACAGCCGGUCUCAGGGGCCGACAGCGGCAUCCCGGACACGAGCCGACAACAACAGCCGGUCUCAGCAGCCGACAGCGGCAUCCCGGACACGAGCCGACAACAACAGCCGGUCUCAGCAGCCGACAGCGGCAUCCCGGACACGAGCCGACAACAACAGCCGGUCUCAGGGGCCGACAGCGGCAUCCCGGACACGAGCCGACAACAACAGCCGGUCUCAGGGGCCGACAGCGGCAUCCCGGACACGAGCCGACAACAACAGCCGGUCUCAGCAGCCGACAGCGGCAUCCCGGACACGAGCCGACAACAACAGCCGGUCUCAGCAGCCGACAGCGGCAUCCCGGACACGAGCCGACAACAACAGCCGGUCUCAGCAGCCGACAGCGGCAUCCCGGACACGAGCCGACAACAACAGCCGGUCUCAGGGGCCGACAGCGGCAUCCCGGACACGAGCCGAAAACAACAGCCGGUCUCAGCAGCCGACAGCGGCAUCCCGGACACGAGCCGACAACAACAGCCGGUCUCAGCAGCCGACAGCGGCAUCCCGGACACGAGCCGACAACAGCCGGUCUCAGGAGCCGACAGCGGCAUUCCGGACACGAGCCGACAACAACAGCCGGUCUCAGGAGCCGACAGCGGCAUCCCGGACACGAGCCGACAACAGCCGGUCUCAGCAGCAGACAGCGGCAUCCCGGACAUGAGCCGACAACAGCCGGUCUCAGCGGCAGACAGCGGCAUCCCGGACACGAGCCGACAACAGCCAAUCUCAGCGGCAGACAGUGGCAUCCCGGACACGAGCCGACAACAGCCGGUCUCAGCGGCCGACAGCGGCAUCCCGGACACGAUCCGACAACAGCCGGUCUCAGCGGCAGACAGUGGCAUCCCGGACACGAGCCGACAACAGCCGGUCUCAGGGGCCGACAGCGGCAUCCCGGACACGAGCCGACAACAGCCGGUCUCAGCGGCAGACAGCGGCAUCCCGGACACGAGCCGACAACAGCCGGUCUCAGCGGCAGACAGCGGAAUCCCGGACACGAGCCGACAACAGCCGGUCUCAGCGGCCGACAGCGGCAUCCCGGACACGAGCCGACAACAACAGCCGGUCUCAGGAGCCGACAGCGGCAUCCCGGGCACGAGCCGUAAACAACAGCCGGUCUCAGGGGCCGACAGCGGCAUCCCGGACACGAGCCGACAACAACAGCCGGUCUCAGGGGCCGACAGCGGCAUCCCGGGCACGAGCCGUAAACAACAGCCGGUCUCUGGGGCCGACAGCGGCAUCCCGGACACGAGCCGACAACAACAGCCGGUCUCAGGGGCCGACAGCGGCAUCCCGGACACGAGCCGACAACAACAGCCGGUCUCAGGGGCCAACAGCGGCAUCCCGGGCACGAGCCGUAAACAACAGCCGGUCUCUGGGGCCGACAGUGGCAUCCCGGACACGAGCCGACAACAGCCGGUCGCAGCGGCAGACAGCGGCAUCCCGGACACGAGCCGACAACAGCCGGUCUCAGCGGCAGACAGCGGCAUCCCGGACACGAGCCGACAACAGCCGGUCUCAGCGGCCGACAGCGGCAUCCCGGACACGAGCCGACAACAACAGCCGGUCUCAGGGGCCGACAGCGGCAUCCCGGACACGAGCCGACAACAACAGCUGGUCUCAGCAGCCGACAGCGGCAUCCCGGACACGAGCCGACAACAACAGCCGGUCUCAGGGGCCGACAGCGGCAUCCCGGACACGAGCCGACAACAGCUGGUCUCAGCGGCAGACAGCGGCAUCCCGGACACGAGCCGACAACAGACGGUCUCAGCGGCAGACAGUGGCAUCCCGGACACGAGCCGACAACAGCUGGUCUCAGCAGCCGACAGCGGCAUCCCGGACACGAGCCGACAACAACAGCCGGUCUCAGGGGCCGACAGCGGCAUCCAGGACACGAGCCGACAACAACAGCCGGUCUCAGGGGCCGACAGCGGCAUCCCGGGCACGAGCCGUAAACAACAGCCGGUCUCAGGGGCCGACAGCGGCAUCCCGGACACGAGCCGACAACAACAGCUGGUCUCAGCAGCCGACAGCGGCAUCCCGGACACGAGCCGACAACAACAGCCGGUCUCAGGGUCCGACAGCGGCAUCCCGGGCACGAGCCGUAAACAACAGCCGGUCUCUGGGGCCGACAGCGGCAUCCCGGACACGAGCCGACAACAGCCGGUCGCAGCGGCAGACAGCGGCAUCCCGGACACGAGCCGACAACAGCCGGUCUCAGCGGCAGACAGCGGCAUCCCGGACACGAGCCGACAACAGCCGGUCUCAGCGGCCGACAGCGGCAUCCCGGACACGAGCCGACAACAACAGCCGGUCUCAGGGGCCGACAGCGGCAUCCCGGACACGAGCCGACAACAACAGCUGGUCUCAGCAGCCGACAGCGGCAUCCCGGACACGAGCCGACAACAACAGCCGGUCUCAGGGGCCGACAGCGGCAUCCCGGACACGAGCCGACAACAGCCGGUCUCAGCGGCAGACAGCGGCAUCCCGGACACGAGCCGACAACAGCCGGUCUCAGCGGCAGACAGUGGCAUCCCGGACACGAGCCGACAACAGCUGGUCUCAGCAGCCGACAGCGGCAUCCCGGACACGAGCCGACAACAACAGCCGGUCUCAGGGGCCGACAGCGGCAUCCAGGACACGAGCCGACAACAACAGCCGGUCUCAGGGGCCGACAGCGGCAUCCCGGGCACGAGCCGUAAACAACAGCCGGUCUCAGGGGCCGACAGCGGCAUCCCGGACACGAGACGACAACAACAGCUGGUCUCAGCAGCCGACAGCGGCAUCCCGGACACGAGCCGACAACAACAGCCGGUCUCAGGGUCCGACAGCGGCAUCCCGGACACGAGCCGACAACAGCCGGUCUCAGCGGCAGACAGCGACAGUGGCAUCCCGGACACGAGCCGACAACAGCCGGUCUCAGCGGCAGACAGUGGCAUCCCGGACACGAGCCGACAACAGCCGGUCUCAGCAGCCGACAGCGGCAUCCCGGACACGAGCCGACAACAACAGCCGGUCUCAGGAGCCGACAGCGGCAUCCCGGACACGAGCCGACAACAACAGCCGGUCUCAGCAGCCGACAGUGGCAUCCCGGACACGAGCCGACAACAACAGCCGGUCUCAGGGGCCGACAGCGGCAUCCCGGGCACGAGCCGUAAACAACAGCCGGUCUCAGGGGCCGACAGCGGCAUCCCGGACACGAGCCGACAACAACAGCUGGUCUCAGCAGCCGACAGCGGCAUCCCGGACACGAGCCGACAACAACAGCGGGUCUCAGGGGCCGACAGCGGCAUCCCGGACACGAGCCGACAACAGCCGGUCUCAGCGGCAGACAGCGGCAUCCCGGACACGAGCCGACAACAGCCGGUCUCAGUGGCAGACAGUGGCAUCCCGGACACGAGCCGACAACAGCCGGUCUCAGCAGCCGACAGCGGCAUCCCGGACACGAGCCGACAACAACAGCCGGUCUCAGGGGCCGACAGUGGCAUCCCGGACACGAGCCGACAACAGCCGGUCUCAGCGGCAGACAGCGGCAUCCCGGACACGAGCCGACAACAGCCGGUCUCAGCGGCAGACAGUGGCAUCCCGGACACGAGCCGACAACAGCCGGUCUCAGCGGCAGACAGUGGCAUCCCGGACACUAGCCGACAACAGCCGGUCUCAGCGGCAGACAGUGGCAUCCCGGACACGAGCCGACAACAGCCGGUCUCAGCGGCCGACAGUGGCAUCCCGGACACGAGCCGACAACAGCCGGUCUCAGCGGCAGACAGUGGCAUCCCGGACACGAGCCGACAUCAGCCGGUCUCAGCGGCAGACAGUGGCAUCCCUGACACGAACCGACAACACCAGGACAAGGAUAUGCGAGGUAAUAGUGGCGAGGAGGGGACCAGCGCCCGGCUGAACGGCCAGCAUCGCGGCAGUCAGAAGCGGGUAGGGGGAGGAGGUGAAAAAGGGUGCGUAGGAAGUAUACCUGCCCGCUUCGACCGCAGUUGUUUAGUCGCGACGCCGGUCGAUUCCUCGGCGGGAAACAAGCGGCGGGAAAGAAGGCGAGCUGUCAAGCGCUCAAUCACCACCGACGCCCUGCCUAGGCGUGGUUUGACAGUCGCCCCCGGCGGAACAGCCGCGAAUAAUUCAUGGGCGACGGGUCGAUGGGCGAGUGGUUAG